AUGUCGAAAUCUGCACUCGUCUUUGGUGCCUCAGGCGUGACGGGUUGGUCUUUCAUCAACGAGAUCUUGCAAGACUACCCCAAAUCAGGCACAUGGAAGUGUGCUCACGCACUCACAAACCGCCCGUUAUCGCAAGAGCAGUCUCAGUGGCCGAAUGAUCCGCGACUGAACAUCGUCUCUGGUAUCGAUUUGCUGGCCGGCUCACAAAAAGAUCUCGAAACGGAGCUGCAAAGCAAGAUACCUAACAUCAAAGAAGUUACCCACGUUUACUAUCUGGCAUACAAGGCUGGCACAGACAUACAAAAGGAACUAGAAGAGGCAGUGGAGAUGUGGAAGAAGACGCUGCUAGCCGUGGAUAAGCUGUGCCUGAACUUGGAAUUCGUAGUGCUGCAGACUGGUGCGAAAAUGUAUGGGUGUCACCUACUCGCCACCGUUCAAGGCUACUCGCAACCACAUCUUAAAACACCACACAAGGAGUCUCAAGGCCGUCUCGAAGGCCGUUGGGGAGAAAUGCUGUUCUACCACCCCCAGCUCGACUUCAUCGCCGACCUUGCCAAAGAAAGAAAGUGGAGUUGGUGUGACACUCGACCCGACAUCAUCAUUGGCUUCGUGCCGAACCAGAAUUUUUAUUCACUCGGUUCUUCCAUGGGCAUCUAUCUAUCGCUGUGGCGAGAAGUCCAUGGAAAGGGUAGUCAGUGUCCGUUUCCAGGGACAGAGAAAAGUUGGAAGGCGUUGAGUCAAGAUUCGAGCAGUGACAUGAUUGCUCGGCAAACCAUUCAUUUGUCGCUCGACAAGAACACAGAGAAAGGCGGUGGGUACAACGUCGCAGACGAAAAAACCCCUUCGAGUUGGUCUGCCAAAUGGCCGACCCUAUGUUCCCUCUUUGGCUUGGAAGGUACGGGCCCAACGCCGAACCCACCAGAGAUGCGCAAAUUUAUCAAAGAUCACAUUGAUGUGUGGCAUGGCUUGGAAAAACAGCACGGCUUGCAGACGGGCCAUGCAGAUAGUGAGCGGGUGUUUCCAGGCUUUGAGUACUUCCUUAUGACACAGUUUGACUUUGAUAGGCAGUAUGACAUGAACAAGAUGUACAGCACUGGAUUUGACGAAGAGAGAGGGACAAAAAGGGCUUGGGGAGGUGUGUUUGAUAGGAUGCGGAAGGCUAAGAUCAUUCCAUAAAAGAUAUCACCACGAAGGAGCGUUGACAAGGAAUCAUUGAAAGUAAACAGCAGGUCGAAAUAUAUAACGUUACUUAUUGU